AUGCUCCUCGAUGUUAAAAAUGACAACGGCGACAGUUUCUGCCCUUCGAUAUGUGCUGGUGUUUCCAUCGGAGAUCGUCGUAUCGCUCGCCCCCUCUGCAGGGAAUUCAGCACACAGGCCCUUCGAGCACGUCUGGGGCUACGGUGCGCAAACAUCCCCAGCCCUCCAACCAUGGGAAAGAUUAUCUUCUACGAAGGCCGCAACUUCCAGGGCCGCCACUGGGAGUGCAACAGUGACUGUAUGGACACCUUCAGGCACUUCAAGUGCUGCAACUCCAUCCGCGUCACUGGCGGUCACUGGGUGGCCUAUGAGAAGCCUUACUUUAUGGGCUACCAGUAUAUUCUGGGCCAGGGCGAGUACCCCGACUUCAACUGCUGGAUGGGCUUCAACAACUGCAUCCGCUCCUGCCAGAUGUUCUCCCCCCACAGAGGAGCCUUUAGGAUGAAGAUCUUCAACAGGCCUGACAUGUCGGGACACGCGAUGGAGUUCAUGGAUGACUGCCCCAACGUGUAUGAGCGUUUCCGUUUCCGUGACAUUUUCUCAUGCAACAUCUUGGAGGGCUUCUGGGUCUUCUACGAGCACCCCAACUACAAGGGGCGCCAGUACUUCCUGCGGCCUGGGGAGUACCGUGCCUGUGGGGACUGGGGAUGCCACAACCCCAUGGUGGGCUCCUUCAAAAGGAUGAGGAGCGGUCUGUAA